AUGACAACAACUAUUGAUGAAUUAGUAGAGAUUGCUUCUAUGAUCAAAGUAAUAACCUUUAAUGAAUUGUUAGGUGAACAGCUCCUUGAACACAACGAAUCCAACAAUGAAUCAAAUCAAAUAUCGACUAAUGAACUUAAUGAAAAAAGUGUCGGACUUUAUUUCUCAGCCUAUUCGUCUUCUGCUUGUCGAAACUUUACACCAAAAUUAGCUGCAUUUUUUAAAGGACAUAAUAGUGAAAUAGAGGAUAAAUUAGAAAUUGUUUUUAUUUCAUAUGACGAAGAUCAAGCUGAUUUUGAUGAAUAUUUCAAGAAGAUGCCUUGGAAAGCAUUACCUUUUUCUGAUCGAGAUCGUUCAAAAAUAUUGCAUGACAAGUUUCAUAUUAAAGAUAUUCCAACUUUAAUUAUACUUUCUUCUACACGUGAGGUAACUGUCUUUGACGGUGUCGAUUAUAUACGUGGUGUAUAUAAUGGUGGAGCUAUACGUCAUUGGUCUAAAGGAAAACGUUUAUUUCGGUCAUGUGAAGCACAUGAAGGUGAAUACGUUUGGGAUGGUAUUAUUUGUCAUCAAUGUUAUAUGAGUCCAAUCAUUGGUUCACGACAUGGUUGUGUUGAUAAAAAGUGUUAUGUAGAUUUAUGUGAAACAUGUCUAUCAAAGACUAAACAUGAACAUCCUCUCGUUGAAUAUUUAGUACCUAAACGACAAUAUUCAUUCGAACAACUUUUUAAAUCAGUUCCUCAUUUACUUAAUCCUAAUAGUGAAGAAAAGAUUGAAACAAAAGCAAUAUGGGAAAAUGGUGUUAAAUGUGUUGGAUUUUAUUUUUCUGCUCAUUGGUGUGAACCUUGUCGGAUUUUUACACCAAAAUUAAUAAAAGCUUAUAAAGAAGCACAAGCAAAUUCUCUCUCUUUUUGUAUAGUUUUUGUGUCAUCUGAUUUCGACGAGCAAUCAUUCAAUGAAUAUCGUUCAGCAAUGCCUUGGCCUGCUGUUCCAUUAGACUCAAUAAUUAUUGUUCUUUUGUCUGAAGAUAUUCCACGAUUUUUCAUUGUUUCAUCAGAUGGAAAAGUUCUAUCACGUCAUGGUGUUAAUGAUGUUAAACGUAAAGGUAUAGAAGCUUUGAAAACAUGGAUGAAAGGAGAAACCUUGGCUCCGUCUACAGCAGAUGAAUUUGAAUGGGCAGAUGUGUCAUGUGAUGGAUGUAGCAUGAGCCCUAUUAUUGGUCAAAGAUAUCGUUGUUCUACAUGUGGUAAUCAUGAUCUGUGUUCGGCAUGUGAAAAGAAAGGACAUGAACAUCCACUUGAACUUGUACCACAACCGAUCGAAUAUGAAGAUGAUUGA